GAUGGAAUCCCAAAAGGAACGUGGCAAUGCCGCUUAUAGAGAGAAACGUUAUCGUGAUGCCAUUAACGCUUACACGGCUGCUAUCGAGCUUGACUUGACCAAUGUGCGCAUGGUAGCCACCCUGCGUGCCAACCAGGCUGCUGCAAAAAUGGAGCUAAAAGAAUAUUCAAGCGCUUUGCUUGAUUGCGAGUUUGCUAUUCAGAAUGGCGUAAACAGUGCCAAACUCUACGCGCGACGUGCGCGCAUUCACGAGGCGCUAAAUAAUUACGAUGACGCUUUAAGGGAUAUUCAGAAAGCAUCGGAAAUGGAUGGUUCAUAUCAGAGAGAGUUUCAACGCACUAAAGCGAGCUCAAAGAAGGCAAUGCGCAAGGAUUAUUAUAAAAUUCUUGACCUACCGCCCAACGAGAGCGAUGAUGCUCAGAUUAAACGGGCGUAUAAGAAAGCAUGCCUACGGUGGCAUCCAGAUAAAUGGGCCAAUGCUGGUCCGGAAGAAAAAACACACGCCGAAAAGAUGUUCAAGGAUGUGGGUGAGGCCUUCUCCAUCCUCUCGGACGCAAAGAAAAAACGCAUGUACGACAAUGGGAUGAUUGACAACGCGGUUGAGGGGGCUGGUGAGUCUGGCUUUUCAGGGUUUCCGGGGCAAGAUGAAGCCUUAAUGGAGAUGAUGAACAGAAUGUUUUUUACUGGUGGAGGCAUGUCGGGGGGAUUUGGAUUUAACGGCUUCCCCCAGGGUCGUCGUCAGCAGUAUCAGCAGAGCUACACAUUUCAGUUUUUCUAG